AUGACCUCGACCUCUGCUAGUCAGCAACCUUCUGGUUCAUCGGCUGCUGCACCGAUCUAUACCACCACAGUACCGCUAGCCAAACCUCCAGAUCCUCUUAAUCUCGAAGACAGGUCACGUAGAGGCGAUAACUGGUUACACUUUAAGAGAGCAUGGCAAAUCUAUGAACGGGCGGCUGGGAUAAGUCAAAAGGACGGCCCAGUCCGUGUUGCUCAUUUUCUUAACAUCGUUGGAAGAGAAGGAGUCCAAUUGUUUGACACCUUUACCUUCGCUGAAGACGAAAGCGCUGACAAUAUUGAUGACGUCCUGGCUAAAUUUGAAUCUCGUUGUUUGCCGCAGCGAAAUCAGACGUAUGAACGGUACCUCUUCAACAAGAGAGAGCAAGAACCAGGAGAAAGUGUCGAUCAAUAUUGCACAGCACUGAUGCGCCUUUCUGAACACUGUGGGUUCCUAACCCUAAGAGACAGCUUGAUAAGAGACCGCCUCAUCCUUGGAGUCAAGAAUGAUCGGUCACGCAAGAAACUUUUAGAGAAGAAAGAUCUCACUUUGGAUAACGCGUUGGAUAUCCUGCGAACACAAGAGCUAACUGAUAUACGCGCUUUAGACAUGACAACUGAAGAAGCUAAUGUGAAUAGGGUAAAAGCCAAGAAAACGAAACCGCCUAAGACCCAGACUGAGGAUACAACACCGCAUAAACACACUUCAGGUAAGAAGCGGACUCCUCCGUGGAAGUCAAGAGAAAAAAGUUCUGGUAACCCCGACAAUGUAUACACACGAGAAUGCAAGUUUUGUGGUACUGUUCACGAGAUGAAAAAGUCAGCUUGUCCAGCAGUUGGCAAGAAAUGCACCAAAUGUGGCAGAGACGGACACUUUGCAAAAAAAUGCCACUCUCGCUCUGUCAAUCACGUACAAGAUUGUGAAAUCUACAACCACAAACCCUCCCCCACAUCAGCUUAUGUAACGGCGUGCCUUAACAAUAAUGCCCAAGUACAACUUCAGAUUGAUACAGGUGCUUCAUGUAAUAUUCUCCCCAAAAGUGCCUACAUCCGGGCUACAGGAGACAAACAGUGUACAAACCUUGAACAGUCGUUUACAAGGCUCAUCAUGCACAACAAGACUGUAGUCUGGCCACUUGGUCAAAUCCGCCUACUUACUGAACGGAAAGGAAGAAAAUAUGGAGUUCUUUAUCACAUUGUGAAGCAAGAUUUGACACCCCUCCUCUGUCGAACGACGUGUGAAAAGAUGAACCUGGUCAAAAUCUUGGAUGCUGACGUAAAUGCGAUUCACGACGAAAGAAUUAACGUCUCGUCAAAUGUUAGAAGUGAUCCUAUCCUAUAUGAAUUUACCGAUAUCUUCACUGGAAUUGGCUGCCUUGAAGGAACCUACUCCAUUCAAGUGGACGAAGGUUUCCGCCCGGUGGUACAUCCCCCUCGUAAAGUGCCAGUCCCACUUCGAGAUACCCUCAAGUUAGAGCUGGAUAACAUGGUGAAGAGUGGUAUCCUCGCCAAGGUAGUUGAACUGACAUCAUGGGUCUCUAGCCUUGUCAUAGUGAAGAAAUCUAACGGGAAAAUACGAGUAUGUCUGGAUCCUCGAGAUUUCAACCGCGCAGUGAAACGCUCGCAUUAUCCACUUCCAACUAUUGAGGAAGUAGCAACUCGCCUUAGUGGUGCUAAAGUCUUUAGCGUGUUAGAUGCCAAAUGUGGAUUCUGGCAGGUACAACUUGAUGAAAAGAGUAGUUACUUGACAACCAUGAACACACCUUUUGGUCGCUAUCGAUGGCUCAGAAUGCCAUUCGGAAUAAACUCAGCCCCAGAAGUAUGGCAACAACGAAUGCACGAGCUAGUAGAAGGACUCGCAGGUGUUGAAGUCAUCGCCGAUGAUUUCCUAGUUUGCGGUUUUGGAGACUCUAAUGAAGCUGCAAUUGCCAACCAUGAUCAGAAUCUCAAGGCUUUCCUCAGUCGCGCAAGAGAAAGAAACCUCACUCUCAACAGCGAGAAGUUGAAACUUCGACAGUCACAAGUUCCUUUCAUAGGACACCUCCUUACAGCGGAAGGUCUAAAACCUGACCCGUCAAAGGUACAAGCUAUAGUGGACUAUCCAGUGCCUACCAAUCUCGCUGAACUCAGAACGUUUCUGGGAAUGGUGCAGUAUCUGGCGAAAUUCUGCCAGCAUCUGUCUACAGCAUCACAGCCCUUAAGACAGUUGGAAAAGAAGGAAAUAGAAUGGCAUUGGCAACACCCCCAAGAUAAAGCCUUCAAGGAGAUAAAAGAGCUCAUCACUAAAGCCCCACUCCUACAGUACUUUGACGUGAGUAAGAAUGUCACUAUACAGUGCGAUGCCUCACAGUAUGGCAUUGGCGCAACUCUACUUCAGGAAGGACAGCCAGUUCACUACGCCAACAGGGCACUGACGUCGACAGAGCAAAAUUACGCACAGAUUGAGAAGGAGCUCUUAGCUGUUGUAUUCUCUUGUGAGCACUUCGAGCAUUACAUUUAUGGCAAGCACGUCACAGUCGAAACAGAUCACAAGCCACUGAUUGCUAUACAGAAGAAGCCAAUCAAUACAGCUUCUAAGAGAUUACAGCGUAUGAUGCUACGUCUUCAAAGAUUUGACCUGAAUCUCACUUACAAGCCAGGCAAAGAGAUGUACAUCGCUGACGCACUUUCUCGCGUUCUACCUAAGCAGUCAAAGGUACCAAAUGCUAGCACCUCAUCCUGCUAUAAAGAUCUAGAAACUGUCAACUUUGUUGAAGACUUAUCGAUAUCAGAGUCGACACUUGCCAAGUUUCAAGUGGAAACGGCCAAGGAUGAAUCUUUACUAGCGUUGUCACAAGUUAUACGCGCUGGCUGGCCUACAAAAACUUCCAUGGUACCUACAAGCGCACAGCUUUUCUUCAAAUACCGAGAUGAAAUGACGCUCCAAAAUGGCCUAGUUUUCAAAGGAACGAAGAUCGUUGUCCCAGAGAGCCUUCGCCGUGACAUGAUAGAGGAAACACACAAGUCCCAUCAGGGACUCCAAGCAUGCCUUCGAAGGGCCAGAGAGGUUUUCUUCUGGCCAGGAAUGUCUGCACAACUCAAGAAUCGUAUUGAUAAAUGCUCUAUAUGCCAAAGUGUGAGACCUGAACAAGCCAGUGAACCUCUUCAGCCUCACCCAGUUCCUGACAGGCCAUGGCAACGAGUUGGAACAGAUUUGUUUACCUUCGAGAACCGAAACUACCUCGUAUUAGUUGAUUACUACAGCAACUUUAUCGAGCUGGAUCAUCUUGCCGAUACUACGUCCCAGACAGUCGUUCACAAGCUGAAGAUGCAUUUUUCGCGACAUGGGGUACCCGAUUACGUAGUUUCUGACAACGGUCCUCAGUACUCAUCCUCAGAGUUCCGAAGAUUUGCAGUAACGUGGAAGUUCACUCAUAUCACCACCUCACCACACUAUCCACAAGCUAAUGGGAUGGCCGAAAGCGCAGUCAAAACCUGCAAGACUUUAAUGAAGAAAGCUCUUCUGUCUCAAUCCGAUCCAUAUCUUGGUUUAUUGGAUCACCACAACACCCCCACUGCUGCGACAGGUAUGUCUCCAUGCCAACGACUUUUUGGUCGCCGAACUAAGACACUUCUACCCUUCUCAGAGUCUUUACUCAAGACUGACCAAACAGUUAGUGAUCUUCUCAAAAGGGAUCGUGUCAAGCAAGCGAAACAUUUCGACCAACAUGCUAAACAACUCUCAGAACUCAAAUCAGGUGACAUAGUGCGCAUGAAGAUGCCUGGAGAAACAAAGUGGUCAAAAGCAGUUGUUUCUUCUAAAGUGGCAUCUCGCAGUUACAAGGUUGAAGUCAAUGGUAGAUUCUACAGGCGUAAUCGCAAGCAGUUGCGUUCUACCAUGGAACCACUUCAAGAAACCCCCUUCAAAAUGGACGAAGAUGACCUGACCGUUCCAGACAAUCUGCAGGAACAGGACCAACCCCCUCCAGCAAGUUCUCAAGUAGGAACAUCCAUGUCCCCUCCAAGAUCUCAACUACCCCCAACACCUCAAACAGAGCUGAGUGCAAGACCACCUCACGAAGCUACUACAACUGAAAUACGGACACGACAUGGACGAUUGAUCAAGCCACCUAAAAAGUUUGACAUUGAGUUAUAG